AGGUCAGGCAUUUGGAUCACACUGGAUGCUAUAUUUACUCUGGCUGUGCCUCUCUCACAGGGCUGUAUAUAGCCAUUCUCAUUCAGGGCAAGCAGCCUCAACAAAUCAAUGCUCUAUGAAAUUGCUAAAGGAUCUUAAUUAAACCUGUAAUACAAAGGUUUACAAAAAUACAGUAGAAUACUUUAUCUGUUAUCUGGAGUCUUCAUAGCCAUAAGAUGGGUAUUCUUGCUGUAUUUGCUCUACCAUUGCUUCUCUUAGGGAUCAGUGGAAUUAUUUAUAUUUACCAGUCAGUCAGGUGGCUUUUGUCCAAGUCAGCGGUGCAAAACAAGGUGGUGGUGAUUACGGAUGCCAUUUCUGGACUAGGCAAGGAAUGUUCUCGUGUGUUUCACUCAGGAGGAGCAAGGCUUGUGUUGUGUGGCAGGACAUGGGAAAAGUUAGAAGCCUUGUAUGAUGCCUUAAUUAGCGUGACAGACCCAAGCAUGACAUAUGCGCCAAAGCUCAUACUUCUGGAUAUCUCAGACAUAAACUGCAUUCGAGAUGUAGCCAAGGAAAUCCUGAAUUGCUAUGGCUGUGUGGAUAUACUAAUCAACAAUGCAAGUAUGAAGGUGAAAGGAGCAGUGCAGAGCAUUUCACUGGAACUUGAUAAAAAGAUAAUGGAUGCCAACUAUUUUGGACCUAUAACAUUAACCAAAGCCAUUCUUCCCAACAUGAUCUCAAGAAGAACUGGCCAAAUUGUUCUCAUUAAUAGCAUUCAAGGGAAAAUAGGAAUCCCAUUUCGUGCAGCCUAUGCUGCCUCCAAGCAUGCUGCUGUAGGUUUUUUUGAUUGUCUUAGAGCUGAAAUGGAAGAAUUUGAUAUUUCUGUCAGCACUGUGAAUCCAACCUUCAUCUGUUCAUACCAUCGCCAACCAGCACCUGGCAACUGGGAGGCGUCUAUUUGGAAAUUCUUUUUCAGGAAGGUGGCAUAUGGUGUACACCCAGUGGAGGUAGCAGAGGAAGUCUUGCGCACAGUGAGCAGGAAGAAGCAGGAGGUGCUUAUGGCCAACCCUAUCCCCAGAGCAGCAGUGUACAUUCGAACCUUCUUCCCUGAGCUGUUUUUUGCCAUUGUUGCCUCAGGUAUUAGGGAAAAGUUAAAGACAGAGGAGGAAAAAUGAUUUUGUUCAGUUAUUUUCACUGGGUUUGACUUGAAAAAAAAGUUUGUUUCAAAUUUCAGUGAUUUCUGCUGCUUGCUGUGGGUAGAAUAAAGCUACUACCACUGACAUUCAUUCAUGGAACUUCUACUCUUCUGGAUUUAGGGAAUAUGAGAUGUCAUUUUUUACAGUAGAACAGUAUGGGAAAAGCCCUACUAGGAACUCUGUCACUGUAUAAUACAGUGAUUCCCAAUCUAAGUCAAAGUUUGGGGACAUGCAAUAAAUCACCAGAAAAAUCUGUUAGUGCUAGAAAUGAUGGGAACUUACAGGAACAAAGAGAUGGGGAAGCAGGGAUAUGUGCGAGAGAGAGGAGUAAAAACCAAUGGAAAACGCAGUUAAAGCCUGGCUCAGAGUGUUCCUCAGAUAAGCUUUCUG